AGUCACGUGGCGCAGGACCGGGCGGGUACUUAGGGCCGGGGCUGGCCCAGGCUACGGCGGCUGCAGGGCUCCGGCAACGGCAGCGGUUCCGCGGCGCGCAGGCUGCAGACUCAGGCUCUCGGCAGCAGCGUUCGGUGGAUCUAGGAUCCGGCUUCCAACAUGUGGCGGCUCUGGGCCUCCCUCUGCUGCCUGCUGGCGUUGGGCGAUGCCCAGAGCAGGCCCUCUUUCCAUCCCCUGUCGGAUGAGCUGGUCAACUAUGUCAACAAACGGAACACCACGUGGCAGGCCGGGCACAACUUCUACAACGUGGACGUGAGCUACUUGAAGAGGCUGUGUGGCACCUUCCUGGGUGGGCCCAAGCCUCCCCAGAGAGUUAUGUUUACCGAGGACCUGGAGCUGCCUGAAAGCUUCGAUGCACGGGAACAAUGGCCACAGUGUCCCACCAUCAAAGAGAUCAGAGACCAGGGCUCCUGUGGCUCCUGCUGGGCCUUUGGGGCUGUGGAAGCCAUCUCCGACCGGAUCUGCAUCCACACCAAUGCGCACGUCAGCGUGGAGGUGUCGGCGGAGGACCUGCUCACCUGCUGUGGCAUCAUGUGUGGAGACGGCUGCAAUGGCGGCUAUCCUGCUGGAGCUUGGAACUUCUGGACGAGAAAAGGCCUGGUUUCUGGUGGCCUCUAUGACUCCCACGUAGGGUGCAGACCGUACUCCAUCCCUCCCUGUGAGCACCACGUCAACGGCUCCCGGCCCCCGUGCACGGGUGAGGGUGAUACCCCCAAGUGUAGCAAGAUCUGCGAGCCUGGCUACAGCCCAACCUACAAACAGGACAAGCACUACGGAUACAAUUCCUACAGUGUCUCCAAUAGCGAGAAGGACAUCAUGGCCGAGAUCUACAAAAAUGGCCCCGUGGAGGGAGCUUUCUCUGUGUAUUCAGACUUCCUGCUGUACAAGUCAGGAGUGUACCAACACGUCACCGGAGAGAUGAUGGGCGGCCAUGCCAUCCGCAUCCUGGGCUGGGGAGUGGAGAACGGCACACCAUACUGGCUGGUUGCCAACUCCUGGAACACUGACUGGGGUGACAAUGGCUUCUUCAAAAUCCUCAGAGGACAGGAUCACUGUGGAAUCGAAUCAGAAGUGGUGGCUGGAAUUCCACGCACCGAUCAGUACUGGGAAAAGAUCUAAUCUGCUGUGGGCCUGUCCUGCCAGGCCUGGGGGAGUUUUCCCUGAAUACAGUCAGGGACGGGGGUGAGAUGGGGGUAGAAAUGCCUUUUAUUCUUUGAGUUCACGUAAGAUACAAGUUUUAGACAGGGCGUGAAGGACUGGACUGGCCAAACCUCACAUCAGCCAUCAGAGCUGUCUUCCAAGGAGACACAUCCCAAAUCCUGACUACAUCGCAGCCUGUGGUUACAGUGCAGACAGACAGGCCAUGUGAGCCACUGCUGCCAGCAGAGAGCGUCCUCCCCUACAGACCAGCGCCAUAGGGAGUGCCUGCUGCCCCAGCUGACUGCGGCCCCUCCCCGAUCCAUCCAUCUCCAGGGAGCAAGACAGAGACCCAGGAAUGGAAAGCGGAGUCCCUAACAGGAUGAAAGUCCCCCCAUUAGUUGCCCCCAGUACCUCUGAGCAAGUAGCUUUCCACAUUUGCUACAAGAUCAGAAGAGAGAUGGUGUUGGGAGCCCUUUGGAGAACGCCACAUUCUCCCAGACCCCCCCGCAUCUAUCGAGUUUGCAAUGUCACAACCUCUCUGAUCUUGUGCUCAGCAUGAUUCUUUUUUAAUAGAAGUCUUCUCUUUUGUGCACUCUGCUAAUCAUGUGGGUGAGUCGAACAGCUGGGAGCACCUGUGCUAGUUUUACAGAUUGCCUCCUAAUGGUGCGGCUCAAAACGAAACCAAGUGGUGAUGACUUGUUUCUGACCCACUGAUCUCUACUACCACAAGGAAACUAGUUUAGGAGAAACCAGCUUUUACUGUUUUUUAAGAAUUACUGCUUCACCCUGUCAAGUUAACAAGGAAUGCCUGUGCCAAUAAAAGGUUUCUCCUUCAACUUGAAAUC